GCUGACGGCCAAUGGCUGUGAAGUGGAAAGGUUUCUGUAUUGUAGGGGAAACGGACGAGUUUUCGUCCUCUUUGAUUCUCUUUUCUCAUUGAAUUCAGCAUUAGAAGCAACGUCAUCAAAUUGUUAGGUACCACUAAUGUAAUCUAAUAUAAUCUUCAGAGAGACAAAAAAGUAAGACUUCUAAAUAUAAUUUAAGAUAAAAGAUAGUACCUGUUUUCCUUUAUAUAGCUGUAUAUUUGUUAUGUGCGGUAUUAUUAUUCCAGCACUAUCAACGUUUCACAAAAAAUUACACAGUCAAAUUCGAGUCUUUUAAAGAAACGGAUGUAAUAAACGUCUUUGUGCGCAUAUGGUAGUAAAAAGGAACAAGUGAAAUUAGCAAACAUCUUCAUAUUUUUAUAUGUGUUAUUAUUAUCAAUAAUAUCUAGCAAAGCUUGUACAAUUGUAGUACUUGACACUGCUCAAGAUUAGAUAGGAAAUAAAAUGCGUCACGACAAAAAUCCGAAAAGCUCGUCCUCUGGAUUUACCUACUUCGAGAACUCUCAGUCAUCAAGUUCGCAAGUUCGAAAUGCAUCUGGAUUUGGACAAUCUACACCUGGAUUUAAUACAAAUUACCCCCAUUUUGGAUCUUCUUCAAAUAUGUUUGGGAUAUCAGCUAGCACAAAUACAUCUGGAAUAAAGACAACACAAACGACAAUAAACACUAUUCCAAACAUAGUCACAACUAGCACAAGUUCAUUUGGAAGUGCGUUUGGAAGUCUUGGAGGAACAUCAACUAGCACAGAGACUGCAUUUCUAGCGUCAAGCACAAACCAAGUUGCAACAACCAGCAUAUUCCAAAAUACAUGUAGUACACUUCCAACUAAUACAAAUAAUACAAAUUUAUUCUCAACAAGUAGUAGUCCACUACCUGGAAAGCCACUAUAUAGCCAUCCUUUUGGAAUAAACUCAAAUGGUUUUAAAAUACCCAGCUUUAAUCCAGCUGACAUUCCAACUGGACUUACAGUUAAUGAAGCUAUAGAAAAAACUACAAAUACAGAACAAAAAUCUGUAGAAAAUAAGAUAAUACCGCUUCAAUCACACAUACCUUUGAUUAAUGUAAGUUAUUGCAAAACAUUCUUAAAGUCAGAAAAAUAUAAGUUUACAUGGAAACUUGAGCGUUUCAAGGAAAUUCAUAGACUGGAAGAUACAUUGAUUGCAGAAAAUUCAGAAGAGUCAGAAUCACAUCCAUAUACAAUACAUAUGAAAGUUUUUCGUGCAUCUGAUGAUAAUCUACAUGAUAACCACAAAAAUAACACAUCCUUAUUAAAAGAUAAAAUAGCAUUUUACAUACUUCCUGCUGUAACUUUUAAAUGUACAUUUACUGUUAACGUUAUUAAAGAUUCUAAGUUUAUACAAUGUAAAGUGGCAUCUGGGACAGGAUCUAUAUCUAAAUCUAAAGAGACGUUAUUAUAUGAAACUACAGCAGAAGAAUUAUAUAAGAUGCUUUAUAAGGAAAAUACACUUUUAAUUGAAUUCAUAUUUGAAGUCUAUCGUAAAUGUUCACUAAACACUACAUAUUCUUCAGAAUUUAAAGAAGAUUCCAACUUGAAAUCCAAAGAUUUAAACUUUGAUAAAUAUUGUAAUUCUGAUGAUAAGCAAUCGAUCAAAUUUAUAAUUAAUGAGAACGAUUAUAUUGUACCUAUAACACAGUUACUUGCUACCAACAGUAGGUAUUUUGAAGAAAUAUGUAAUAAUAAAGAAAAAGAAAAAGACAUUACGGAUGAGAUAAUAUCUGAUCGCAAACAGGAGAUUUUUAUGAUAAUGAUCUCAUUUAUCAAAACCGGUUUGAUACCAGCCAUAAUUGAAGUUAAUGACCUGAAAGAUUUGCUAAGACUAGCUUAUAAAUUCGAUGUGCAAACUCUAAAAUUGAUAUGCGAGGAAUGUUUACUAUCUUAUAUUACACUGUCUACUGCUAUAGACUUUAUGCAGCUCGCGACUUCAUGUAAUGCAAAGUGUUUGGAAAAAAAUGUUGAAAACUUUCUAAAAAUACAUAUACAGGAUAUAAUUUCAUUAAAAGAAUUUCAUCUUUUAUCACCGGAACAUUUACAAAAGAUAAUUAAGAUCAAGGAGGAAGCUGAAAAUAAUGUUUGAAGAAUGUGUGCUUUUCAAUUAGUAAUAUAAUAUGCAUUUGUUCAAUUAUUUUAAUUUUAAUUUGUUCUAUUUCUUCUAUAAAUUUCUUUUAUUUUAUAUUAUAGUAAUCUUUGAUUUUUCUUCAUUACAUAAUUCUGUAUUUGUUUUCAUUACUGAUUUCAAAUAAAUAUGGUACACGAAAGUAUGAACUUCAUAGAUUAUCUAAUGUCAAUAUUGUUAUUGAUAUAGAUUAGAGAUAUACUGUGUGCCUACACACUUAAACCAUAUUGAAAACUCGAAAUUCUAAAACUUAUUCUGAAAUUUAGUAUGGGUUGAAUUAGUAAUAGUAUAUUAUAACAAAUUAUUUUAUAGUAUUAUAACAAAUAUAACUUUUAUAUGCAAAAUAAAUUUUAU